AUGGCAAGUUCCGUUAUGCGCACAGGUGUGCAUCUGGACACCAUCAACUUUCCAAUAACUGCAGCGAUCCCUGCGAAUGUUCAUUCUCAAGGCUCAGUGUGUAUAAAAGAAGCCCAUCCAGUGCCCUGUUUUGUUGUGCUUGUGUGGAACUGGAUCGGUCAAUUGGCGCAGCCGCACAUUUAUGUGAAGAUUUUACCAUCAACCCUGUUGCGUUACCUGCAGGCCUGUGUAUCUGCAAAUAGAGACAUUCUGUUGCAACAGACUAGCCAGAAUAUGGCAGCACAACCCAUGCACAGCUUCCAUUCGAAAUUUACUCCCAAACCUGCAAGGGGCCACACCAUACUCUCGAUCUGUGCUGAUAUGCAACAGAUCAUACACUGGUUUCUCGCACUCAGCCCGCUUCCCACCCUGGAGGAGAUCAGUAAUGUCGCUAGCUCUUCCCACACAGCAUAA